AUGUCCAAUCCUUCCAUCUCUGCAAUUAUGUCGGCAGACUCAAUGUCUGACAAAAUGAAUUUGGAAAUGUCCAACAUUGCUAGCAUUUUUGAGUAUGAUUCCUCCCAUCUAUCGGCAAUCUGGACUGAGCUGGAGACUUCAAAUCUCACUUUACCGCAAAGAACCCACCAGAUCAUCGGCAAGUACUUGAACUGGGAAGGAGAGUCCUUCACUUUGCCGUGGAUGUCCUUUUGUGCAGGGAUGUCCAUCAGCCCACCGCUGUCAAGAAAUCUCCGAUUCUUCAUUGGUGUGCUGUCCAUGAAACAGGUCGAACUCCUCAGCAAUUAUGAGGAGGUGUAUGAUGCCUUCAUGACCUUGCCGGCUGCGCCACCUGGACCGUGGCAGAAGGGUCGAAUGGCCCGGACAUAUUGGACACCAUGGUGGAUGGAAUUAGCUGACCUGAAGGCUGACCAGGACUUCUUCAACACUUAUCCAAAUUGUGUUGAGGUUCAGGACAUAAUCGGCGAACAUUUUAAACAAUUGCCAAAGGGAAAGAUUCUCAUCAUGCCAGCAAUGUUCGCUCACCUGAUGUCCACGCCAGUUGCACAGCAACUGUCUACCAUCCACGCCGAGGUGCUGCAUGAAGGCCAACUAAUUGUCAAGAUGCUGGAAGACAAAGUGAUUGAGGCCAAAAUGGUCGCCGCCACCAUGUUUUGCAUGGACACCACAUUAGGACAGGACAUCGUCAAUGCCAUCACUGCCACUGAAAAACUGAUGAAGUAUCUAAAGUGGGAGGGGGCCCAAUGA